CAUCCAUCUGAGGCUAGCGUAUAUCGUCAGCUCUUUCACCAUCUGCCUAUCUUGCGCAUAAUACGAACGUUUGGCGUAGUGUGUUUUUCGGGGUUGCAAUCAUUUUGUGCAAACAGUUCACGAAAUUCGAGAACUUGCUUCUCACUCACGUUACAGUCGAUACCAACCGUGCACCUCUCACCGGCAGCCAGUCCCCACUGCUCGCCUGUGCCAGGUGUCCAGAGGCUAACGUGCAAGGAUGUUAGUUCUGCUCUGUGUGUGAUCUACACAUUGAACCUUCAACUCGAAAAUACCUGCAUAAACGGUAGAUUGGACGAGGAAAACCAGGGGAGUUUCCUGCUGGCUAUGUCUCAGGCUCUGGAGCCCAGAACUCCAUGGUGAACUGAGGGACCACAGGCACAUCCAGUCAUGGGGCUCGGACAGUCCAGUAAGGCGCCCACGGCGGAGGACACUGAGGAGGUCAACUUUGACCACUUCCAGAUCCUUCGAGCCAUUGGGAAAGGGAGUUUUGGGAAGGUGUGCAUUGUUCAGAAGAAGGACACAAAGAAGAUGUACGCCAUGAAGUACAUGAACAAACUCAAGUGUGUGGAGAGGAACGAGGUGCGCAACGUCUUCAAAGAGCUGCAGAUCAUGCAGAACCUGGAGCACCCAUUCCUAGUCAACUUCUGGUACUCGUUCCAGGAUGAGGAGGACAUGUUCAUGGUGGUGGACCUGCUUCUGGGAGGUGACCUGCGCUACCACCUGCAGCAGAACGUGCACUUCUCCGAGUCCACCAUCAAGCUGUACGUCUGCGAGAUAGCCCUGGCUCUCCACUACCUGCGCAACAAGCGCAUCAUCCACCGAGACAUCAAGCCAGACAACAUUUUACUGGACGAACAUGGUCACGUCCAUUUGACGGACUUCAACAUCGCCGCUGUGGUGAAAGAGGACCUUAAAGCCUGUUCUAUUGCCGGAACCAAGCCAUACAUGGCCCCAGAGCUCUUUCAGCCUUUUGAGGGGACCCAUCCCGGAUACUCGUUUGCAGUGGACUGGUGGUCACUGGGGAUCACGGCCUAUGAGCUUCUCAGAGGACAGAGACCCUACGUGAUGCGCUCCUGCACCCCAGCCAAUGAGAUCAUGCAGACGUUCCACAAGGUUCACCCAAGCUACCCCGCAGCCUGGUCUACAGAGAUGAAGUCUCUGUUCAGAAAGCUAAUAUGUAUUGACGCGGCCAAGCGGAUGUCCAGCCUCUCUGAGCUUCAGGAAAUGGACUACCUCGCCGACGUCAACUGGGACGCUGUCCUGAGCAAACAGAUUUCCCCCGCGUUUAUCCCCAAUAGACGGCGUUUGAACUGUGACCCCACGUUUGAGCUGGAGGAGAUGAUUCUGGAGUCCAAACCACUGCACAAGAAGAAGAAGAGACUGGCCAGGAAGACCAGGGACAACGGCUCCGAUGGGUCACCACAGAAUGGUCAGCUCCAGCAGCGUCUGGAUAACGUGGAGAGGGACUUCAUCAUCUUCAACAGAGAGAAGCUGAGGAGAGCCAAGACGGACACUGAGGAGAAUGAGCAGCUCAUGAAGGAGAAGGUGAAGGCUGCCAUCGAGGAUGGACAGAACAACAACGUUGACGCCCCUGCAGCAUGCCCUUCUGAAUAGGCCUCCAGGCCAACAGAUGGAGCUGUUUUCUCUCUGACUUUGCCACACCCUGUAGUCUGGAACAUCUCUCCCCUUCAGCGUCCUUCCUAUUGUCCUCCUCCUCCCCCUUCUGCUCCUCCUUUAGCCCUCAAAACACACACACACACACACACACACACACACACACACACACACACACACACAUCCAGAUGUGAGAAGGGACACUGGUGUUGUGCAAAAUCCUGGAUUAGGGCAGAAUGAGUCUUUUACUUCUAUUCCCCCUUUUCUUCUUCCUCUUCUUCUGGAUCGAGGAGCUGAGGUAGCUCGGACUCUGGUAGCGAGGAUCCUCUGCAGCCAGUGGGUGCAGUGCUGUGCAGCCUCACUCCCUGACACCUUAAGAGAUGUGCCACUAGCGACAGACAUAAGCACCCUUGGGUUUUAGCCUCGUUGCGAGCACACCGGCCUCACAUUACGUGCAUGGUGUUCGCGGGUCUGGUGCGGGACUGUUCUUGUCUACACAACGCAGGUCACAUCAGCAUGCCAACGCCUUUCUCCUUGCCUUUCUUGUGUUCUGGAGAAGAAACGAAACAGUAGCCCAUCCCAGCAGCCUGACAACCAUGGACAAUCCAGCCUGUGCAUAAACACAUACACACACACAGAGAGAUACAGAUACACACAUACACACACACACACACACACACAGAGACACAUACGUACACACACACACACACACACACAGAUAUACACAUCAGACACAGUGAUUGCUUGAUGGAAGAUGGAAAGCUUUAGACUUUUGAGGAGGAGCCAGUGCAGCAGUGGACGUCUGUGAACUCUGUUAACUCCCGUUCAGUCUAAGCUGGUCGCGGGGGAGACGAUGAUGAGGACACGUGAGCCGUGUGUGUCUUCGCAGAAAAAGAAACGUGAUUUAAUUUACAAACGAAUGGGCCUUAACGUGCCUCAGACCCUUACAGAAGUUGCUGGCGUACGCUCUCUACAGUUCAGUGACCUCCGCACUCAUCAGCUGUAUGUUUGUGUUUGUCUUCGCUACACGAUGAGGUAUGUCUUUCUCUGUGGAUGGUAAUACUUCACUUGAACUCAACCUCCAGCCCUUCAUAAGACUGAUACAACCUUGUCAUAAGCAUACAUUAUUGGAGGUUGGCAUCACACUCCUUCUCCAGCCACAUACUGUAAACUUUGUUAUUUGUGAAAACAAAUAAAAAAUAAUAUGCUUUUUUCGCUUAUAAGCAUGUUAUAGGCUAUAGACGUCAAUCAUGACAUUUUUAAUAGUCACUGUCAUUGGAAAUCAACUGUCAUCCUGACUAAUAACAGGAUAUGACAUCAACUGUGAUGUGUUUAUGACAAUGCUAUGUCUCUUAUGACCAGAGCCAUAUACGUAGAGUGUCACAUCAAUGGAGGUUCAAUAUUCUUGAUUCUAUUCUUGAUACACAUGAUUCAUGUAAACUUUAAAAAGCUCUGGAAGUUUGUGCUAUACUCUCUAUACAGCUCUGCUUAUGAUGGUGUGUUCAAGUAAAGUAUCACCCACUUUUACAUCUGCUGUAUUUCUAUACAAUGCAGAUCCUGAGGGCUAAUGUCGCCCCAUCCCCCACCCACCCACCUCUGUCUUAUUGAGGUGUACCCAUCCCUGUUCUGUUGAGGUGUUCCCAUCCCUGUCCUGUUGAAGUGUUCCCACUCCUGUUGAUGUGUUCCCAUCCCAUCCCUGUUGAGGUGUCCCCACUCCUGUUGAGGUGUUCCCAUCCCUGUCCUGUUGAGGUGUCCCCACUCCUGUUGAGGUGUUCCCAUCCCUGUCCUGUUCAGGUGUCCCCACUCCUGUUGAGGUGUUCCCGUUCCUGUCCUGUUGAGGUGUUCCCAUCCCUGUCCUGUUGAGGUGUCCCCACUCCUGUUGAGGUGUUCCCAUCCCUGUCCUGUUGAGGUGUCCCCACUCCUGUUGAGGUGUUCCCAUCCCUGUCCUGUUGAGGUUUUUCGUGUUGCCUUAUGCCUAUGAAAGGCAUGCCAUAUACUAACCCGAGACUUAGUCAUGUGCAGUUCAUAUAUGCCCUGCUGUCAUGUGUGCACUUUAGACAAGAGCUUUAGCGUUGUGGCCACUGUAGGGCUUUAUUCCACAGAGAGUAAGCUAGUAACCCAAUUCCAGGCAUUGCCAGUCACUUUGUGUUUUACUCUUUUAUUUAUUUGUUUUGUGUUUUUAGAGGAACUUCAAAAGUAGUCUCUGAAGGAAAUAGAUGUUUAAUAGAAAAGAAGAAUCUGACUUUUGUAGCGUGUUCAUUUCUAUUCAUGUAGCCACAUGGAUGUUAAUUUCACAGUGCAAAGUCAUACAGUCAGACAGAUGAAAUGUGCAUAAGAAGAUUUUGAGAUGUGUGCCUUAGCCUGUGUGUGUGUGUGUGUGUGUGUGUGUGUGUGUGUGUGUGUGUGUGUGUGAGUGUGUGUGUGUGUGUGUGUGUGUGUGUGAGAGAGAGCGUGCGUGUGUGUGUGUGUGUUGGUGUGCCGUGCAGCAUUCUAAUCAUGAAUCAUGGCAGGUGUGUGUAUCUGCUGUCUGAGUCUGCGUCCUCACACAAAGGUCACUCUUCACUUCCUAUUUUCUUCAUUGAGACUUGUAAACAAACACCCACCAGAGUCAUUGAAAUUCAAAAGAAGUUCAGAGAUAUUUGUGUUCACACAUGAUAGUGGCACAUGAUAAUACUCCACUGACAGCCCUCUGUCAUAAGACUGGCAGAAAUGUCAGAUGCCAUUUACUCAUGAUUUUAUUAAGUACUGUAAUGUUCUUUAAUAUGAAGUCUUAUAUUAUUUUUAUUAUGUGAUGUUAUUUUUGCUACUUUGUCAGCUUAUUGCCAUUGGUAUAUACUGUUAUGGCAUCCAAUACUGUAAAAGGUUUCAUGUGACACAACUGACAUAACUUGUGAUUCUUUUCUAACAUGAUGAAUGAUAGUUAAUGGCUGUGUCCUAUGAUGGAUGGUUCAAGUAAAGUGUUUACCUGCAGUCUUUGACUCAUGUUAGACAGUCAGAAAGCAUGAUGGCAUUGUUAGGCUAUUAGUCCAUAGAGAACACAAUGUAUAUCACUCAGACAUCUUACAUGUGGGUUUGAUAUCAACUGUGCAGAGAAUAUUUCCUUUUGUUUAUUGAUAUUUUCCUCAUUUAUUUGGGGAAAACUAAGUAAGAUGUAUAACAUGGAGGGCUCCACAUGACGUUGCAGUCUUUAUCAGAGUUUUUUUCCACUAUUUGUCAAACAUGCGUCAGGAAUCAUGCAGCACUCUGACCCUGAAGCAUUGGUUUAGUAUUUGGGCCAUGCAGCAUAGGUCAACUGAGGAGGUGAAUAACAACAUCACUGUGUAAAUGUGUCUCAGAAGGGAGAAAUAUCCUGAAAUCAAUGACUAAACAUAUGAGAAGUGGUCAACAUAACUGUGUUUGGAUUCUCACUGUGUAACUCACUUUAGAUGUUUGUGUUGCCGUGUACUGUGUUCCUGUUUAGUUAUGAAAUACUGCCAUCUAGUGGCGAGUGUGGGCUUCUCUGAUUUAUUUUCCAGCAGUGUGCUUUACUUUCAAGGGCAGAGUCAUUUUCCUUGCCAGAGAUCCUGAGCGGACCUGGAUUUAGUACCGCUUUAAAUGUUCUCUCAUAAAAUAAAAUAAAAUAUUGUGUUUUCCUAAAUCUUUUUCGCAUUUAUUUGUUUGUGGUCAUGA